CUAUGUUAUAUUGUUGUGUUCCUUUAUAUUUCCACUUUUUUUAACUUAUUGAAAGACAGCUAAAUAAAUAAAUAACCAAUAAAAUUCUGAAUGAAACUUUUAAGUAGCUAUAUCUAUAUAAUUCUAAACAAAAGAAUAUUUUCUUCAUUUACAUUCUUGCAAUUAUACUGACACUUUUAUUGAAACAUUUUUAAACAUUUAAACUUAGACACUUUUAUCCUGUGAAUCUAGAGGGUGGUACAGAAAGACCUUGUGAUACAAGUGGUGUCCGUCUUCCCCAAAGACAGGUAAAUCUAAUCCACGUCACUUGGAUGUGGGUAAAAUUGUAGGGUUAUGGAGGACUGGAAGUAGAGCUAACAGUCUUCAGAGCCUUCUGAGAGAAAGUUUGGGAUUGGUCAAACCUGACUGUAGAAAAUAUGUAUCUUGUCGAUAUAAUCAUCAAUUAAACAAGUCUAAUAAGCAACUUUGAUGAUAAUGACUUGAGAGUUUUUGUUACAUUGUAUUAUACAACAGCAAUUAAUUGAACACUCACUUUAUUCACAUAAAAAAUAGCUGUUAUUAUGUCUUUGGAUUAAAACAACAAUAUUGGUUUUAUUUUUGAAUGUUUUCUUUUCUUUCCUUUUUUUUCUCCUUUUUCCUUUUUCCUUUUUUCCAGAUGACACGUGAACAAUACAUACUAGCAACACAGCAGACCAACCUGCCCAGAGCUGAGAAUGCACAGCUUUACCCCGUGGGAAUUUACGGGUGGAGAAAGAGGUGCUUAUACUUCUUUGUCCUUCUGCUGUUGGUUACCAUGAUAGUUAACUUAGCCAUGACAAUAUGGAUAUUGAAAGUUAUGAAUUUCACUGUGGAUGGUAUGGGAAAUCUGAGAGUCACCAAGAAGGGAAUCCGACUUGAAGGUAUAUCUGAGUUUCUACUUCCAUUGUAUGUGAAAGAAAUUCAUUCCCGAAAGGAUAGUCCACUGGUCUUACAGUCUGACAGGAAUGUAACAGUGAACGCAAGAAAUCACAUGGGGCAGCUAACUGGACAGUUGACAAUAGGAGCUGACGCCGUGGAAGCUCAGUGUAAGAGGUUUGAAGUGAGAGGGAGUGAAGACGGCAGGGUGCUGUUUUCUGCUGAUGAAGAUGAGAUCACCAUUGGGGCUGAGAAGCUGAAGGUUACAGGCACGGAAGGAGCGGUGUUUGGGCACUCUGUAGAGACACCUCACAUCAGAGCAGAACCUUCCCAAGACCUCAGGCUUGAAUCACCAACUAGGUCCUUGAUAAUGGAGGCACCUCGAGGGGUCCAGGUGAGCGCUGCUGCAGGAGACUUCAAGGCCACCUGCAGGAAGGAGCUCCAUUUGCAGUCAACAGAGGGGGAGAUAUUUUUAAAUGCAGAUACAAUCCGGCUGGGAAAUCUACCGACCGGCUCCUUCUCAUCUUCUUCAUCUAGCUCCUCAAAUUCUCGACAGACGGUGUACGAGCUCUGUGUCUGCCCCAAUGGCAAACUUUACCUUUCUCCAGCAGGAGUAGGCUCCACCUGUCAGUCCAGUAGCAACACCUGCUUGUGGAGCUGAAAU